GAAUUGUGACGUAUGCGUGCAGCGUGCUCGGUGCGCAGGCGCUCUCGGAGGCGAUUUGGCGGUUUCCGGUUGUGCCGCCCUCUUUCUUCUCAACGAGGCGGCCGAGUGCGUUGGUUGUGGCGUUCGUGCGGCCUCCCCAGCAGACACAGAGAUGCAGAUCUUUGUCAAGACCCUGACUGGCAAGACCAUCACCCUUGAGGUUGAGCCCAGUGACACCAUUGAGAAUGUCAAAGCUAAAAUUCAAGACAAGGAGGGCAUCCCACCUGACCAGCAGCGACUGAUUUUUGCGGGCAAACAGCUGGAGGAUGGCCGCACUCUCUCAGACUACAACAUUCAGAAAGAGUCCACCCUGCACUUGGUGCUUCGUCUGCGUGGUGGCAUCAUCGAGCCCUCCCUCCGCCAGCUCGCCCAGAAGUACAACUGUGACAAAAUGAUCUGCCGCAAGUGUUAUGCCCGCCUGCACCCCCGUGCUGUCAACUGCCGCAAGAAGAAGUGUGGUCACACCAACAACCUGCGCCCCAAGAAGAAGGUUAAAUAAGGCCCCUCCAUCACCUCCUCUGGCCUAUAGGGCAGUCUUCUGCCUAAUCCCUGUGACCCUGGGGCCUCAAUAAAGUUUCCCUUUCAUUGACUGGAGCAGUAA